UACCCAUUCCUGCUGGGAUUAGGCAUUGCUGUCGUCUGGACAAGUAUCGUUGUGAUGAGCAGGAUGUACUUGGGGAUGCACAGCUUACUCGAUGUAAUUGUCGGCAUCACAGCUGCAACUUUAUUGAUGACAGUCAUGCUUCCUUUCCUUGAUUUGAUUGACAGCUUUGUAUUGCAUAAUCAAUGGGCACCAUUCUUUGUACUUCUAUUCGUUCUUUUAACCACUCUCUUUUUCCCGAGAUCAAAGCAAUGGCGCGAAACACACGCAGACACAUUGAAUAUAACAAGUAUCGCAGGCGGAAUAGCAAUUGGGUCUUGGAUCAACAGUUUAACCGGUAUGCUUAUACCAUACACCGGAUCAUUACCGUAUGUACUCGCUCUACCAAGUCUUUAUGUCGUUUUGGUAAUUGUACUUCGGAUGGUUGCUGGUAUACCGCUUCUUUUGGUUUUGGAUAUAAUUUUGACGUAUUGUAUACGCAACGGAAUGGCUCGCGUGUUGGGUGUACCGUUAAAUAAGAGCACAAAGAGGUUACCACUUAUAGAGUUACCGCACCGGUUUGGAGCUUACUUCACAAUGACAGUUGCUUGUGUAUCUAUCACACCUCUGAUCUUUCAGUAUUUGGGUCUCGACCCAUCUGGUCCAUAUAUGGACUUGUAAGCAUUCAAGUUCUAUUCCAUACACGGAUUUGUAAGCAUUCGAACACUGUUCGAUGUACGGACUUAAGCGUUCAAGUAAAGCAAUCAAUGACAUUCAUACAGUAUAUGACCUUUUAAUUUGUAAUACUGUAGAUAAUCUUUAAAAUGUUUGAAAUAAUUUAUUCUAAAGAAAGAUAAAGUAGAACCUCUUCCUUUGGCAAACACCUAUUAAGAGCAAACCACUAUUAAGGGGACAUUACAGCUAACGCCCAUUCAAGGGAUACCCCUAUAAACGGACAUUUAAUUGGUCCCGAAGGUGUCACCUUUAUAGGGGUUCUACUUUAAAUUUGUGUACAAAUGCUAGUCUGAGAAGCCUGUAAAUACAGUUAAAAAUUGACAAAUUGUCAGAGUUUGAUGAACUAAAUAUGUGUGGUAGGCUACAGAAUACCAGGGAGUUGUUAUAAAUCCCUGAGAAUACCAAGGAUAUGGAGAUACGAACAGUAUUAUUUCAGCUCAGAAAGGACUAUAUACAUGUUUAUAAAGAAUUCUGAGGGCAUAUUUGUCUUUAUGUCUCAGAAAGGGGAAUGAAUUCUGCAGAUAGUGGAGUUGAUCGACUCUGGGCUGGGUCCAGGGUAGGUUUCCAGUGUCUUUUUUUUUAUAGUUAUUACAGUGCUGUACAGUAGAUCCACUAAAUACAUACAGGUCUUCCCUCCAAUUAAAGACCACAUUUGGGACCAGAGCUCCCAUUAAUUAGAAUAAUAAAGACAUUUGUUAAUUUGGGACCACAGAAAAGUAGUCUUUAAUUGGAGGGUUUUUAAUUGGAGGAGACGACCUGUAAUAUUACUUAAGUAUUCUUUUUUUCGUUAACCAGCAUUCAUGUUUUUUAGGAUGUCAUCACAUUAUUUGUGGCUAGAAUCGUCUGUUUAUUGUGUCGUACCUAAAAUGUGUAAAAGGUUGAUCACUGAAAUACAGUAUCAAGGUAUACGGUACGCACUCUCUAAACAAAGGGGUUUAUUCUCCUCUAAGUGUGCCCCAGGUCAAAUAUCUCUCAAGUUAAUUUAUCCAUUACCAUUUAAAAAACAACAAUAAAAACUGUAUGAUAUUAGAACUCUACAAACAUACUGUACGGUACAAUGUAAUUCAUGUUUAUCUAAAGUGUUGACUCGUAUGUAAUUUACAAUGCUAAUGUUAUCUAGUCUCAAUUUAUUGGUUGGUUCAAACACCGAAUGUACAGUAAUGCACUCUUGAUAAUUCUAGAUCUGAUAAUAGCCUCAAGAACAUGAUAUGCAUUACUAUGUUAAUGUGAUUCAAGUUACACUUUAGUGUGGUUUGUCUACUGGACAGAAAAAUACAUUAUAAUGGGGCAAUUAAUGUUAUUAUUCUAACUACCUGUAAUUAGGUAUGGAAUGAAUUGUAUCAAUUGAUAUUAAAUUUUAUGUGUUGUAAUUACUCAAUACCAUGACUACCAUUCAGUGUACGUAUUAAGUUAUAUAAUGUUAUGUAUAAUUUAAUAUAUUUUAUUAUGAGUAAAAAUAUAAGACUUCAGUUCUAUUUAAAAGGACCAAUUUCAAUAGCUACAGUAUGUAAACACAUCUUUCUUUAAAUCUUCUCAAAGCUAUUUUAAAAAGCAAUAACUGGUGGACAAGUUUGUUGUGGCAUUAUUUGUGGCAU